AUCCACUGCUUUUACUUUGCCGUUUCACUGAGAACGAGGCUCACACUCUCUCUCUCUCUAUCUUUCUCUAUCUUAGAAGAAGAACUAGAAGAAGAAGAAGAAGCAGAAUCAAGGAGAAAGCUUAAACCAGCACUCUCUCUUCAAAUUACUUUAGCUUUCUCUCUCCAAAUCUUCCUCAUUGUCUUUCCCUGCUUCAAGAAUUGUUGUCUGUUUAACACUUUUUUCUGCUUAUUCCAAACUAUCUUCUCUUCUCUAUUCUCGAAGAACCAGCAAAAGAAGAAAAAAGUCUUUUUUGUCUCUCUUGGCUGAAAGAUCUCAGAAAUUAAACCCAUUUUCUUAAUUCCUGUCUUUUAGAAAAAACCCUUAAUCCUGCUGCAACUUAGUCUUUGCUUAGCUUCUGUCUGAUCUAAAGGAGGAGGAAAGAAGCCAAUUCAUGUCAAUUUUGAACCUUUUUAUGCUUUUAAAACAGUGAUUCAACUAUAAACCCCAAAUUUGUUCGACAUUUUGAUUUGAUCUCUGUUGUUUUCUGGGGUUUUUGUAUGGAGUGAGUCUCUAAUUGCAAGGAUAAAUCAAGAACAAACAGAGACAAAUAGUUUAUCAAAUUAGGAGCAGCAAUGAGAGACGACAAAUCCAAGAAAAGCAAGUUGUCUUGGUCCAAGAAGAUGGUGAGGAAAUGGUUCAACAUCAAAAGCAAAACAGAAGAAUUUCAAGCAGAUGUUUCUGUUCCUCAAGGUGUUGAAGAAGCUGAGCACAGAAAUAGCUUCUCCGCGAGGGAGCCCUGCACAAUCAAGAAGAGCAAAACUGAGAAACUCAAUAAGAACUGGGAGCAGCAAGCUAGACAAAGGAGAAUGAACUAUGAAAACCCCAGAAUCAUUGAUGUCCAAAACUACAGCAUCUUCGUAGCUACAUGGAACGUUGCUGGACUCUCUCCUCCUGCAGAUCUAAACCUUGACGAGUGGCUUCAUUCCUCAGCUCCUGCAGAUAUAUACGUACUCGGAUUCCAAGAGAUUGUUCCUCUUAAUGCUGGUAACGUUCUUGGAGCUGAAGACAAUGGUCCUGCCAAAAAAUGGCAUUCACUCAUCAGAAAAACGCUCAAUAACAUCCCUGGGACAAGCGGCGUCUGUCACACUCCGUCUCCUAUUCCUGUCCCCAUUGCAGAGAUUGAUGCUGAUUUCUCUGGAUCCUCGAGGCAAAAGAACGCGACUUUAUUCAACAGACGGUCUUUCCAGACCCCGAGCACAUGGAGAACGGAUGAGAACGACCCUUCAGUGCCACAGCCACGGCUUGACCGUCGUUUUAGCGUCUGUGAUCGCGUAUUCUUCAGUCAAAGACCAAGUGAUUUCGACCCGAGCUUCAGGUGCAAUCAUAGGGCCAGUGAUUACUCAAGAAGGACUAGUGAUUACUCUAGUAGACCAAGUGAUUAUUACUCUAGUAGACCAAGUGAUUAUUACUCUAGACCGAGUGAUUAUUCUCGGCACAGUGAUGUCUCUAAGUGGGGUUCUUCGGAUGAUGAUAAUGGUCCAGGGGAUUCACCAAGCGCAGUCUUGUGUUCUCCGGUGUCAAAUGCAUCAAACGAGAAUGGGUAUAGAAUCCCGUGGAACUCAUCGCAGUAUUGUUUGGUUGCGAGCAAGCAAAUGGUUGGUAUCUUUCUAACAAUUUGGGUGAAAAGCGAGUUACGAGAACACGUCAAGAACAUGAAAGUAUCUUGUGUUGGCAGAGGUUUAAUGGGUUAUCUUGGAAAUAAGGGAUCAAUCUCAAUUAGUAUGUUGCUUCACCAAACAAGCUUCUGCUUUGUCUGCACACAUUUGACCUCGGGACAAAAAGAAGGAGAUGAGCUGAGGAGAAACUCUGAUGUCAUGGAGAUACUCAAGAAAACACGGUUUCCUCGUGUCCAGAGUUCUUCAGAUGACAAGUCCCCAGAGAAUAUCCUUCAGCAUGAUCGAGUAAUAUGGCUUGGGGAUCUGAAUUACCGGAUAGCACUCUCUUAUCGAUCUGCGAAAGCACUUGUCGAGAUGAAAAACUGGAGAGCAUUACUAGAGAACGACCAGUUACGGAUAGAGCAGAGACGAGGCCAUGUGUUUAAAGGAUGGAACGAAGGGAAGAUUUACUUCCCACCAACUUACAAAUACUCAACUAACUCAGAUAGAUAUGCAGGAGAUGAUUUGCAUCCAAAGGAGAAACGUCGCACUCCUGCUUGGUGUGAUAGAAUAUUGUGGUAUGGAGAAGGGCUGCAUCAGUUGUCUUAUGUAAGAGGGGAGUCACGGUUCUCGGAUCAUAGACCAGUUUAUGGCAUAUUCAGCGCAGAGGUUGAGUCAAAUCACAAGAGAUUAAAGCGAACCACGAGUUACUCCACUUCACGGGUCCAAGCUGAAGAACUCUUACCUUACUCCCGAGGAUACACCGAGCUAACUUUUUUCUAAAAGCAAAACAACCAAAAGGAGUUCUUCCUCCGCUCUUCAAGGUGAAUUAAAGUAUUUUUUUGAUUGUUGAAGCCUUGAAGAGUGAUUGAGACAUUCCAUUGCUCCUUUUAACACAAAGGAAACAAACAACAGGUGUAAAGAGGAUUGUAAUUUUGACUUGGUUCUUCUUUCUCAUGGAUUUUCUUUUUUUAGGAUUAUCAAACUGACAGAUGGAAGAAAAAGAAUUUUAUAACUAAUCAUUCUUUUGUAGGGAAUUUUUUUUUGCAUGUUAUAAGUAGAAGUGUGUUCCCGAGAUAAUGAUGGUGUAAUGCUUGUAAUAUAAGGUAUUAAGAUUAGCCGUUUAAGUGUAAUAAAAAGACUAUACAAAAAGAAA